UUUUCUCUCUUCGCUAAGUUAAGUUAUUCGCUUGUUCAUUGCUCGCCGCGAUCUCUCGCGCUUUCUAGUUUCGAUCCGCGCGCACGGGCUACGUCUCUGCAUCCCCGCAGUUUGUUCGGUUUCCUUGUUUUUCCAUGGCUUCCGAAACGAAAGAUGCCCAUGUGGUCGAGAUCCCCGUCGACGAGGAGCACCUGGAGAAGCUCUCCUCCUCGGCCACGAACGCGGCGCUGGCCGCCGCGAUCCAGCACCACCCGCUGAUGGAGAUCUCCCGGAGCCCGGGCCACCUCCUGCUGCUCAAGCUCUGGCAGAGGGAGGAGGCCCUCUUCGGCCGCCGGGCCACGCUCAAGGAGGGGCGGCUGGACUCGGCGAGACGCGAGAUCUUCCAGCUCUGCUUCUCCUUCUUCAUCUUUCACGGAUUCUUCCUGACCCUCUUGUACACGUCCGCCGUUAACUCCGCUGACGACCACCACCGCCACAGCGUUUGCAAGAAGUGGUGGUUGCCCGCCAUUCUGUCACUGUGCACUUCCCUUGUGUUUGUGGGCUUGGUGCAGGUGAAGCUCUGGCGGUACUGGAAGGUCUCGCGGCAGCUGCAGAGGGAGAGGAACGAUAACCGGGCGCUCGGGAGGUGCGUUCAGGAGCUGAGGAUGAAAGGGGCGAGCUUCGACCUGUCCAAGGAGCCGACCAUCGGGAAGAGGAUGAAGAGCUCCAGUGUCGAGAUCAAGUGGAGGCCGCUCACUUGGUGUUCUCAGAACGUGGUCACCGUGUGUCUCCUCUGUUUUGCAGGUCUGAUGGCCCCUGCUUCGAAAUUCAUCCUUUGCUGAGUCGCGCCAUCGCCGGAGUC